UAUUAAAGUACUCGCUUCUAACAGAUGACAGCACCGUCGCUGUCCUCCAAACUUUAACCCACACCACAACUUCCUCUCUGUAUAUUCCUUGGCGGGCAGAGGGGAGUCACACCGCUCUCCACCAUCUCUGGUUCCCAUCAAGGUGGCAGUAUUGCAUCACAUUAUCCAACCACAGAUUUUGCACAACUACGCACUUCCCACGGCGCACUACCUUACCUGUGGUGGUAUAUUUGCCUUUGGUUAUGCUACUAUUGCGACAGUGAGGGUUCGAGGAGUUGAUCCGCCCAAAAAUCUGUGACGCAAACACGCAUGCCAAGGGCGCGUAAAGCAACAGGCAACCAUGGCAGAAUCUCCUCACCCUGAUGUACUUCAAAUACUGCAAAUCAUUGAGGACAACCGUCGCCAAGAGGCAGCUGAGCGACUUCAGGAGGAAGAACAAUACCGACGUGAGGAAGAAGAAUGUUGGAGGCAGGAAGAUGAACGGCGAGAAUCACAACGGAGAGAGGAGUUUCAGCAGCUGUUGGCAACUGUCGCACAGCAGUCGCGCCUCACCCCCCAACCUGCUGCAGUGUCACCCACCUCCACCUCGCCCAUUCCAUCUCUGCAGCCGCUCCCAGCUGGGAUGCUACACCCUACAAAUACGAAGGCAUAUCAUCCAUCCCCCACCCUCGCUUCAGUCUGAUGUUACCUUCCCAGGCUACAAGGCGUGGAGGAGACAAUGGAAGGACUACGCCACUUUCACUGACCUUGCGAACCUUGACCUCCCCAAGCAACACAUUCAGUUACGAAUGUGCCUGACACCUGAGAUGCUGUACAUUCUGCAGUACCGCUUACAUGUGACUCCAGACGACAUGCAGCCGAUUGAACAGGUGUUAGACGCACUUGAAUAACACGUCAAUGCCCAAACAAACGAGGCUGUACGACACAGAGACUUGUUCAGCUGCAAAUAACAGGUUGGGGGAGUGUUUUAACGAUUUCUUCGUCAGAGUGAAAAAUCUUCCAGAGGCGGUAGACAUCUGCAAGGGCGCUAACACACAAUGCGAGGAGACACAACUGAAGCAGGUGUUGCUGAUGGGUGUAUGUGAUCAGGACCUCGUUCGGGAAUUGAUCAGUACCAUCGCCACUCUCGAUGAAACCGUACAUCAAUGCUACGCAUUCGAGGCAGCGCGGCGCACCACUUCUGCUAUAGUCUCCCUUCAAAAUCUGUGUGCACCACUUCACGCUACAAGCGAGAAAAGAAAACGAGCAACCUACCAAGGUCACCCGCACCACUCAAGGACAAAAUUUAAUGUGACAGGUGUACGCGUUUGCAUCUUAAGAACCAAUGCCCCGCCACAAACACAGUAUGUUGCAACUGUGGUAAGAAGGGACACUGGAGCAAGACACCACGAUGCCCAGCUUUAAAAUUCAAGUGUCAUCUGUGUGGUAACAAGGGACAUUAUGACUAGUGCUGCCUUAAAUCCAAGGACAAAGGCAGUCCCUCCACCCUGACAGGGAAGACGCUUACGACGGCCGCCCUCACCUCUCAAGGCCACAAGGGUACCAGCGCGAGGUGUGUUCAUUCUGCCUCCCGCACUCCGUCUACAACGUCUCUGCCUGUCGUCGUAACAUUCAUCCACUACAAAGGGACGAGUAACCUCGCAAUGCUGCCUGAUACUGGUGCAGAUAAGAACAUUAUUGGCCCACGGCACUUGUGAGAUAUAGGUCUGUCUAUACUAUAAGUGACCUGAAGCCACCACCUGACGCCCCGAGAUUCAACGCAGAUGGCUCAGUGAUGAAGGUUGCGCUCGGGUCGUACCUGGUUGACCUCAAGGUGAAGGAAAAAAACAACGAGAGCUUGGAUUGACGUCCAUGCAGGCACGCCUGUUCCAUUACUGUCAUGCAAGGCUUGUAGGGACCUGGCACUGAUCCCCGCCGAGUUCCCUCAACCGAUAUCACAGGUGAUACACUCGCGUAUGCGCGCAAGUGAGGAGAAACGCAACGGCAGGGUAUCAAUCCCCAGGCCCCCGUCUCCUUGACCAGCGCAGCUCUCAGCCAUACAUCACCUCCGCCUUCACUCUCACCUCCAACCAUGGACCAAGCACUUCCGUUUGACAACACCACAACCCCUGCACAAGCCAAGGAGUUUUUCUUGCGGGAGUACAUUGAUGUCUUAAUGACAAAGGAGGACUUGCAGUCAUCUCCACUACGCCCUAUGAAAGGCCCACCAAUGCGGAUACACUUACGGGAGGAUGCGCGACCAUUCGCCAUCUACACACGCUAGCAGAUACCGCUCGCCUUCCGGGAUGCCGUGCAGCAGGAACUGCAGUCUAUGGUAGCCCAGGGAAUCAUUGCACCUGCAGGGGAUGAUCCAUCACCUUGGUGUCACCCACUUGUUGCUGUCCAAAAGCCCAAUGGUGGGAUCAGAAAAACUACAGAUCUCUCUCACCUCAACAGGCAGGUCUCUCGCCCUGCCCAUCCAUUUCCAAUGCCAUUUGCUGCCAUCAGAAGUGUUGAUCCUCAGGCUCAGUACUUCACUACAAUAGACGCCCUCCAGGGAUACUAGCAGCUUGAGCUGGCUGAGGAAGACCAGGCGCUCACUACAUUUAUCACGCUCUAUGGCCGCUUCAAAUAUUUACGUGGCCCUAUGGGAUUUGCAGCAACGGGUGACGCCUUCUGUCUGAGAGGAGACAUGGCUCUACAAGGUGUCCCUAACUGCGUAAAGGUGGUGGAUGAUACUCUUGUUCACGAUCGUGCGUUUUUACCACAUCUCCAUCGUGUUAACACUAUUCUUGCCAGGUGUUGGGAGAAUGGCAUUACACUUAAUGCUGCCAAGUUCGUUCUCGCCGAGCCCAAGGUCAAAUUUUGUGAAUUCGUGCUAUCAUCUGAAGGUAUCAACGCUGAUCCAGACAAAGUUCGUGCCAUAACCGACUUUGCGACUCCGGCUAACAUUACUGAUCUUCGAUCCUUCAUGGGCCUUGUUAACCAGCUGGCCGAAUUCUCGCCUGAUAUCUCUGCAGCAGCGCAGCCACUUCGACCACUGCUGAGCCCAAGACGCACGUUUAUGUGGACCACUGAUCAUGACGUUGCCUUUCGUUGUGUGAAAGCAGCAUUGGCCAGCCCACCACAGCUAUAGUAAAACUAAAUUGUACUGACCUGUAGGGCUAGGCCUAUAAUCCGUGCGACCCUGCCAUAUCUCUCAUUACUUCAAGGAAAAGGAAUAACUGUUCUUUAUUUAUUUUAAUGCAUGACUUCGCUAAAAAAAUAUAAGUGAUGGACAAGACCUGAAGAUGCCAUAGGUAAAUUAAAUAUAGUGAAGGUGCUGGUUAUAAAAGUGAAAAUGAGGAUGAUAAUUCACCAAAUAUUUACUAUUAUGUCCUAUCGAGAUACCCAGUGUAAUAUAAUGAGUGGGGAAAAGAAACCCUGAUAAGGUCGUGAUGCUGUGUGGUGUAUAUCUUGUUUGUACUGGGACAAAUCUUCUUCACUGUGCCUUCAGAUAUACCAGCUGUAUCUGCUGUCCUCUUCCUCGCUUGAUUUAUUGGUAAAAGUGGUCCUUGCAAGCUUUAUUUAUUAAUUCUGUAGACAAACUUCUUGGUUUGGCUGUACAAGACACAGACGAGGAUGCGUCAGUGUAUCCUUCCAUAGUGGCGACCAAAUGAGAAGUGAGUCGAUUUGCAUGUGCGUGGUGACCUGACUCCUCCCCUUUCCCCCAGGGGGAAGCGUCGCCCGUCCUGACAUGCCACAUCGUCAUACAUGUUCAUAAAAUACCUGCAUUUGAUUUGGUAUAUAACACUUAUUUGUAUCACCUGCUAUUUAAUGAAAUAGUCAGAAUAUUCUCAGAACGCCGUUUGUUGAUAAUACUGUGAUUAAAGAACCAUGAGUAGUAUAGGCUGAAUGUUUUGGUUGGAAAUCUGGCAGAAUGGCAAACAACACCUUUACUAUAGCAAUGUUUGACCCACACCUACCCACCACUUUCCUGACGGAUGCCUCUCGUCUCCAUAGUAUUAGCUAUGUCCUCUUGCAAGAUCAUGGCGGUGGCCUUUUCCGUCUUGUUCAGUGUGGUUCACGCUUCUUAUCAAACACAGAAACGCGUUAUGCCACAAUAGAACUUGAAAUGCUGGCAACGAUGUGGGCGAUGAAGAAAUGCAGGUUUUAUCUGCGGGGUCUGCAUCACUUUGAACAUGUCAUUGAUCAUUAUCCACUGAUUCCUAUACUGAACCACUACACUCUUGACGCUGUGGAAAAUCCACGACUUCAGCGCCUCAAGGAAAAGUUGUCACCAUACGUCUUCACAGCACGAUGGCGGCAAGGCAAGACUCUCGGCUUACCUGACGCACUAUCCCGUCACCCUGUUGCCUCACCUACUGAAGACGACAACUCUGAUAGCUCUGUGACGCAUGCCAUCGCACUCAGGGCCAUGCAAACUCUGACUGAGCAUCAAGAGCACUCUUCGUCGGCGGACCUGAAAAUGGAGGAACUGUUGCAGACGGCGCGAUCCGAUGACACGUACCAGCGCCUUCUUGAAUGUGUGCGUCAUGGAUUCCCACACAACAGGUAUGAUCUCCAUUCUACCCUCUUACCAUGUUAGAAACUUCAGGAAGAACUGUACUGUGACAGUGACAUAGUACUCUACGACCCACGAGUUAUUAUACCUGCAGCGCUCCGCAAGACGGUCCUCAUGCGUCUGCGUGACAGCCACCAUGGAGUCGAAGCCACCGGGCUCCGUGCUAAACAGGCAGUCAUCUGGCUGGGCAUAAACUCCGACAUACAGAAUGUUGUGACUUCCUGUGACGCCUGCCAGACACUACUCCUGAACCAACGACAAGAGGAAUCUGUAUCUGCUGACUUUUUCACUGUAGCUGGGAAGGCCUUUCUCGUCAUAGCAGACAGCUUCUCAGGAUGGCCGGUUGUCUUCUCAUGCGGCAGGGACAGAACCGCUGCUGCUACCGUUCGACAGUUUAGCAAGUUCUUCGCAAGCUCAGGAGUUCCCGUAUGCCUCAGGACUGACGGAGGCCCCCAGUUCACGAGCCGAGAAUUUGCUGACUUCUUGCAGCGUUAGGGCGUCCGGCAUGUGAUCACCUCACCCUACUCCCCGCAAGCCAACGGUUAAACUGAGGCGUCUGUCAAGGUUGUGAAGCACCUCAUCAUGAAGGCUGUUCCUUCAGGCAGUAUUGACUGUGAGGCCUUCGACCACGGACUACUGGAGCUGAGGAACACACCAAACCACACUGGACGUUCUCCUGCACAACUGCUCUACGGUCACCCCCUCCGCACUUGUGUACCAGCCCACCCAGCAGCUUACAAGAUGGAGUGGCAACCAGAUAAGGAGGACUGUGAUCUACGUGCAACACAGCGGGAGCAGGACGUUGCUUCCCGCUACAACCAGCAUGCCCGGUCGCUGCCUGCCCUUGCUGUUAAUGAGCAGGUUCGCCUCCAGAACCCAAGGACAAAGCGCUGGGAUCAGGUUGGCACAGUGAUGGCAUAUCAUGAACCGCGUCAGUACGACGUUCGCGUACCGUGUGGCCGAGUCCUGCGUAGGAACCGUCGCUUCUUACGUCCAGACAUCGCCCUAGGGACCCCUCAAGAUACGCCCCUGGGACCCACCACCACUUCGCCUAGUUGUGGUAUGUGUGACGCUCAUGACGCUGCUAGGCUUGGCAGUGGUGGUGGGGCUCGCUGUAACCUACGCCGCUGCUGACAGUUCAGGUCUGGUCGUGUAUCCAGAUACAUUUAUCAACCUGGAGCGUAACCAUAAGAUUGGCGGUAAGUCUGCCAAGCAACACUACAUCGACGUUAUAAAAGGCUUUCAAACAAG